UCUCUUCUCUACGCGGUAGGACAAGAUGGUGAACGUCCCGAAGACCCGUCGGACCUACUGCAAAAAAUGUGGCAGGCAUCAGCCACACAAAGUGACCCAGUACAAGAAGGGCAAGGAUUCUCUGUACGCCCAGGGAAAAAGGCGUUAUGACCGCAAACAAAGCGGCUAUGGUGGCCAAACCAAGCCAAUCUUCAGAAAGAAGGCUAAGACCACAAAGAAGAUUGUCUUGAGACUGGAGUGUGUUGACUCAAACUGCCGAUCAAAGAGAAUGUUGGCAAUCAAGAGAUGCAAGCACUUUGAAUUGGGAGGGGACAAGAAGAGAAAGGGUCAAGUCAUCCAGUUCUAAUUUGCUUCUGCAGUUUUGUACAAAUUGCAAUAAAAGUCUUGUCACCACAGC